GCGUGCGCCGCGCGGGGGGCGGGCGCCGCAUCCCCGGCGCUGCGAGCCGCGGGCGCGGGCGGGAGCGGAGGCUGCGCCGCGCCCGGCCGGAGCCGAGCCGGCAGACAAAGGCCGCCGCCAUGGGGGAGCAGCUCCGCGCCCAGGCCGCCGCUUCGGCGGGGCCGCCGCCCGCCUCCCGCUCGCUGCCGGGCGGGCGGCUGCACAACGGCUUCCACCCCUCGAGCCCCGGCGGCCGCGGGGAGGCGCCGCACCCGCUGCUGCUCCGCCCGGAUCCGCCGCCGCUCGGGCACGGCUCCCCGGCCAAGAAAUGCCGGCUGCGCCGGAGGACGGACUCGGGCCGCCGCCACCGGACACCGUUUCCAUGGUUUGGAAUGGAUAUCGGUGGAACAUUGGUAAAACUGGUCUACUUUGAACCUAAGGACAUUACUGCAGAAGAGGAGCAGGAGGAGGUGGAAAACUUGAAAAGCAUUAGGAAAUACUUGACCUCCAAUACAGCCUAUGGUAAAACUGGCAUUCGCGAUGUCCAUCUUGAACUGAAAAAUUUGACAAUGUGUGGACGCAAAGGAAACCUGCACUUCAUCCGUUUUCCCAGCUGUGCCAUGCACAGGUUCAUACAGAUGGGUAGUGAAAAGAACUUCUCCAGUUUGCACACCACGCUCUGUGCCACGGGAGGCGGAGCUUACAAGUUUGAGGAGGACUUUAGAACGAUUGCUGAUCUACAGCUCCACAAACUGGAUGAAUUGGACUGUUUGAUCCAGGGCCUCCUUUAUGUUGAUUCAGUUGGUUUCAAUGGCCUACCAGAGUGCUAUUAUUUUGAAAAUGCUACGGAUCCUGAACAGUGCCAGAAAAAGCCUUACUGCCUUGAUAAUCCAUAUCCCAUGCUGCUGGUUAACAUAGGUUCAGGGGUCAGCAUCCUAGCUGUGUAUUCUAAGGACAACUAUAAACGAGUCACUGGAUCCAGUCUUGGAGGAGGAACAUUCCUGGGCCUGUGCUGUCUGCUGACUGGCUGUGAGACGUUUGAAGAAGCAUUAGAAAUGGCUGCAAAAGGAGACAGCACCAAUGUAGAUAAGCUGGUGAAAGAUAUUUAUGGAGGAGACUAUGAGCGUUUUGGCCUUCAAGGAUCUGCUGUAGCCUCAAGCUUUGGCCAUAUGAUGAGUAAAGAAAAGAGAGAUUCCAUCAGUAAAGAGGACUUGGCCAGGGCUACUUUGGUCACCAUCACCAACAACAUAGGUUCUAUUGCUCGCAUGUGUGCGUUGAAUGAGAAUAUCGACAAGGUGGUAUUUGUUGGCAACUUUCUCAGAAUUAAUAUGAUUUCUAUGAAGGUGUUAGCAUAUGCUAUGGAUUAUUGGUCCAAGGGACAGCUGAAAGCUCUGUUUUUGGAACAUGAGGGUUAUUUUGGAGCUGUUGGGGCUCUACUUGAAUUGCUUAAAAUGACAGAUGAUCAGUGAUGAAGCUGUCCGAAGAGAUUCCUACUGCAGAUGCUGCUGGAUAAGACUGAAAGCCACUACAAGGAUGGAAAUGAAGCCAUUAUGGUAGUUCUACCUGCUGGAUUUGUAAAUAAUUUAAAAUCCUUUUAGCUGAUCUUUAACCUUCCGGGUUUUGAGCUUAUACUUCAGAAUUCAUACUGGGAAUAACGACAUUUUUUUUUCCUGUACACUGUAUUUUUUAGGGGAAAAAUGUGCAAAGUGGCCAAACAGACAGAUUUUAUGGAUUUAUUUUAAGUAGUAGAUACUGUUUAAUGUAGGACCUGUGAUAUGAGGCAUCUGCUUUUCUUCUGGGGUUUACUGAUUAGUGUGGUAAUUUUAACUUCAUUUAGUAAUUACUCUAGGAGAUUUUUUUUAUCUUAUUUUCAUGACGUUUCAUGAUUUUGUUCUUGGUUUCAAAUGAAACUGCAAAGCUGAUGCAUUUUACUGUGAAAACUAGUAAUUGAUUUUUUGCCUUUCCUCAUUAGAUGAGACACUUUAUUUAACACCCCUCGCCCCUCUCCCCAGUCCUCCCCAAAAAAAGUCCAAGCUUUCUGUGACUACAUGGGUUUCUUGGUAAGGCUGCAAAAGAACUUGGUGUGGGGACAAAGGGUUUAAGACUGUAAUUUUUCAUUAGUCAUGCAUUGCAACAGGAACAGUCUGCUAGCUGGUUUUGCAGGUUUAAUUCUUCUCUAUAUUAAAAAUUUCAAACAAGAUGUGAACUAAAAUUCUAGUCAUUGGCUUGACACUAAAAUGAAAUCCUGUUUCUGUUGAAAAUCUCUGAUCUGUAUGAAGAGCUCUGUAGUACAGAUGUUAUUUACAUGGUACAUACUUGGUGUCAUAUGACAAAGGGAGGAGAUUUGUUUUCAUUUAUUUGAAGACUUUUCUGUAGUCUGCAAUUUUUAACUUGAUUAAUUGAAAACAACUGAUAACUGCUUUAUUCAAAGCCCAGUUUCUAAAAGUAAAAAAAUACUGACUUGUGUUUUCUGGUUUUAAGCUGAUGUUAACUUUCCCUCCAGGACACUAAGAUUUGAGUGUUUAUUCCAAUGCAGUGUUUUCUGCUUUUUUUUUUUUUAUUUUGGACCUUUCUAGACUUUUUGUCCAGUUAAAUUGAUACCCCUUUGAAAUCUAUGUAUUUAGGUUGCUGCGUAGCAUAUAUAAACUUGCUUUUCUUGGACACCAUGAGGACUCGCAAAUCAGGGGCUGAAAACCAGUCUGUAUAUUAUUUUGUUUUUCAAAGCUCUAUGUGAUGUCACAUAACAUAAAGGGCUCAUCGGAGGGACAAUAUACAAUUCAGACACAGGUGUUAACUAAUAUAUUUUUGGAAGGGGGUUUAUUUCAUUUUUUAAUAGUCACUAAUUUCUGUAUCUCCGAAAUGUUGAAAUAAAAUCAUAUUAACUGAAGUGUUAACUUGUCUAAUGGAAAAAGACCACUACCGUUUUAAUGAUUUUAAUGUAUCUGUAGAAUUAAUUUCCUGACCUGAAAUCAAUGAUGUGAAAUACAGAACCCUGUUUUGUGACAUGUAUGACUAGUUAUUUCCCUGCUAAUUCUUUGGCUCGUAACAGUUUUUUUACUCUUUGUUAUGUUGCUUUAGUCUUCAAAGCUUUUUGCCUGCUUGGAGUUAACUUUUCCAUAGGCUAAGCUGUAAAAUACAAUGCGAGACAAUUGGUGUGUUGUCGUUGAUAUUUCAUGUAAUAUUGAGUUCGAGAUAAGUAAGAAUAGUUCUUCUCUGAUUUUUCAUGAACAAAAGGAACCUUUGGUGAAGCUCGUUUCCUAAGUUUUCCCUGCAACUAAAGAUUGGUUUCUAUGUUGUUGUUUAGGGUUUUUUUAAGGAAGACUUCAGAAUGUUGAGGUAAUUGCACUUCCCACAAUAAACAGUAGAGGGAAGUAUAGCAUCGACAAUGGAAACAACUUUGCUAAAGCCAUGGAACUUGGUGCAGUUUGUGGGGUGGGGUGGUUUGUUUCAGAGAAAGAUUCACUCAUUUUCUCUCUGGUCAUCUUUUGAAGAGAAUUUGAUAUGGGAAUAUCUAUCACUUACGUGGUCUUGCUUUCUUAGCAUUUUACAGUUAGAUGAAGGAAGAAUAGCAUAUUAAGUAAACAAAUACGAAAUAGCACUUAUAUAAAAACAAUAGCACUUCAAAUAAAAAAUUUGAAACCCUGAGAAAGUCAUUCAGGAAAAUAUGUAUGGACUCUGCAAGAUGCACAAACUGAGGCUGUGCAGUUGAAGAAGGAAGGCACAAUUUUGGUAGUCCAAGUAUUAGCUAUAAGAUUCCAAAGACUGUCAGGUAAGUUGAUCACAGCAGUUCUAAGAGAAGCACAAAAUAAAAUUUUAACUUGAGUGCUAAUUUAAAUUGUAAAAUGCUUAAUAGGUAAGUUGCUGUACUUAAAAUACUCUGAAGUGUAUGCUACACAAAUGACUACAUUUAGGAAAAAUAUUAGCAAACUGAAUUAAUAAGAUGGAGAAAUAAGGUAUGAGAAAUCACUGAGUUAGAGAAAUUAGAGGAGCCUGUUAGAGUGGAAAAUGAUGAUGCGAGUUAAAUUUUUCCUUCCCUGAGGGAGAAAAGCCUACUGCAAAAGUAUUUUUGUUACCUUGAAAUCUACAGUUAACUACUUUUUUCCUCCUUCCCGACCAGCACCAUCAUAUGAAUAUGCUAGUACUGUAAUUUGCUGCUUUACCUUUAGACUUCGCCUUCACUAAUCCCAGCUUUUGUCUUCCUCCAAUGUACCUUCCCCACGAUUAAAGUAGGGGACGAAUGACAUUGUGAUUGAUUUCUAGCACUGUUCCAAUAUCUCUGCUGUAGGGGAGCACUUCAUGGCUGCUCUGUGAGCAUCUCUGUUGUCUUAAAUUUUUCUGAUUGUUUUUUGUAUCCAGUUGCUGUCUACAGUCAUCUGAUGCGAGGUUUUUUUGCCCUGGUUCAUCAUCCAGAGGUAUCUAAAAAGUCUAACUGUUCCAACAGUUCCAUUUCCUCCUUAUGUUGGGGAUUCCAGAACUGAACAUAGUGUUCCAGGUGAGGUCUUCCAAGAGUGGGCAGAACUGCUUCCCUCACCAUGCUGUCACCCUUCUUCUGAUGCAGCCCACGAUACACGGUUGGCCAUCUCAUGUUGAGCUUCUCAUCCACCAGCACCCCCAAGUCUUUUUCUGCAGGGCUGCUCUCAGUCACGUUGUCCCCCAUCCUGUAUUGAAACCACAGAUUGCCCUGACCCAGGUGAAGAACCUUGCACUUGACCUUGUUGAACCCACGAGGUUCACACAGGCCCACUCCUCCAGCUUGUCCAAGUCCCUCUGGAUGACAUCCCAUCCUUAUGGUGUGGCAACUGCACCACUCAACUUGGUGUCAUAUGCAAAUUUGCUGAGUAUGUGUGCUCGAUCUCACUGCCUAAACCAUUGAAAAUAUUAAACAGCAGUGGUCCCAGUAUGGAUGUCUGAGGGACACCGCUUGUCACGGAUCUCCAUCCGGACAUCAAGCGAUUGACCACUACUCUCUAGAUGUGACCGUCCAACCAAUUCCUUAUCCACCGAACAGUCCACCCACCAAAUUUACAUCCAUCUCCAAUUUACAGAGAAGCUUGUAGGGGACCAUGUCAAAGGCUUUACAAAAGUCCAGAUAGAUCACAUCCCUUGCUUUUCCUGUGUCCACCAAUGUGCUCACCCCAUCAUAGAAAGCCACCAGGUUGCUCAGGUAGGACCUACCUUUGGUGAAGCCAUGCUGGCUGUCUCAAAUCACCUCCGUAUCCUCCAUGUGCUUCAGCAUAGCUUCUAGGAGGAUUCGCUCCAUGAUCUUCCCAGGCACAGAGGUGAAGCUGACAGGUUGGUAGUUCCUAGGUUCUUCCUUUCUACCCUUUUUAAAAAUGGGCACAAUGUUUCCCUUCUUCCAGUCACCAGGGACUUCUCCUGAUUGCCAUGACUUUUCAAAUAUCAUGGAGAGUGGCUUGGCAACCACAUGAGCCAGUUCCCUCAGGACUCCGGGAUGCAUCUCAUCAGGUCCCAUAGACUUAUAUGUGUUCGGGUUCUUCAGGUGGUCACGAAUCUGAUCUUUC